GAUUUUUUUUUAUUAUCUUGGAGGUUGAUUUUAAUUUAUUCAGAGAAGUCAGAUUCAAAAAAAUCUGAGAAAUUUGAUAAUUAUCCAGGUGAAUGAUCUAAUGGAGUCUAAAGGUGGGAAGAAGUCUAGUAGUAAAUCCUUACUCUAUGAAGCACCCCUCGGCUACAGUAUUGAAGACGUUCGACCAAACGGUGGAAUCAAGAAGUUCAGAUCUGCUGCUUACUCCAACUGCGCUCGCAAGCCCUCCUGACAUUCCUUUAGCUUCUAUCUAGCACGUGUCCCUGGAACAAAAAAUCCCCAAAAAAAGUUUCUUCUGUCAAUUAGUUCGUGUUAAAACCCUCACUCCUUGUUUGUUUCCUCUUUCGGCUGCUUUCUGUGUUUCAUCUCCUUGGUUGUGAACAAUUUCUUUUAAAAGAUCAUUAGUUGCUGUGAACAUUUUUCAUGAUGGAAGUGGCAUUGCCAGUUUCUGCCAUUGGUUUUGAAGGUUAUGAGAAGAGGCUUGAAAUUUCAUUUUUUGAGCCUGGUCUUUUUGCUGAUCCUGAAGGAAAAGGUCUUCGAUUGCUGUCAAAAGCACAAUUGGAUGAGUUCCUAGGACCUGCUGAGUGCACCAUAGUUUAUUCUCUUUCUAAUGAGUGUGUUGACUCCUAUGUCCUUUCCGAGUCGAGCCUUUUCAUUUUUCCUUACAAGAUCAUCAUCAAGACCUGUGGUACCACAAAGUUGCUUCUCUCAAUUCCGGCCAUCCUGAAGUUGGCUGAUACCCUUUCACUCAAAGUACAAGCUGUGAAGUAUACCCGUGGGAGCUUCAUCUUCCCUGGGGCCCAGUCAUUUCCUCAUCGUCACUUCUCUGUAGAAGUUGAGGUCCUUGAUAGCUACUUUGGAAAUCUUAGUUCAGGCAGCAAAGCUGUAAUUUUGGGCAGUCCUGACAAACCUCAAAAAUGGCAUGUUUACUCUGCCUCUGCUGGACCUAUUCAGACUACGAACCCUGUCUACACUCUUGAGAUGUGCAUGACUAAUUUGGAUAGGAAGAAGGCUUCUGUCUUUUACAAGACUGAAUCAAGCUCGGCAGCUCAAAUGACUAUUAGAUCUGGCAUAAGGAAGAUCCUCGCUGACUCUGAUAUAUGUGAUUUCGAGUUUGAUCCUUGUGGGUAUUCCAUGAAUUCAGUUGAAGGAGCUGCGCUUUCUACUAUUCAUGUUACACCAGAAGAUGGUUUUAGUUAUGCUAGCUUUGAAGCAGUUGGAUAUGAUUUGAACUCCUCCAGUCUCGGGUCCCUGGUUAAUAGGGUGCUGACAUGUUUCCAGCCUGAUGAGUUCUCUAUUGCUUUGCAUGCUGAUGAUGUUGCUUGUGAGCUACUGGAACGUAUUUGCUCUUUUGAUGUUAAGGGCUACUCUCUCGCUGAGUGGAGCCCAGAAGAACUUGGUAAAGGUGGUUCUAUUGUCUACCAGAAGUUCGCUAGGAGUUCCUUCUGUGGAUCUCCCAAAUCCGUUCUGCAGGACUGCUGGAAAGAGGAAGAGAAAGAAGAAAAGGGGUUGUGUUGAGGGUCGUUUAGUUCAAUUUACCUGUGUUUGCUGACAGAUGUUUUAUGUUGUUCAGUUGUGUUGCUUCUCCAAAUAAUGGGGUUUAUGUCCUUAUAAUUAGUAAUGAAAAUUGUGAACUUAGUUAGGCUUUUUGGUGUCCUACCUGAAGCCCUAUUUCUCGCAUAUUGGAUUUUCUCAGACUCGUUUGUUAUGUUGUGGUUAUUCCUAAUAAAAGUGUGGGGCGAAACCCAUCGGCGGCCUCCUAAAGUUGGCACCAACUUUUAUUUAGA